AUGUUGCUUGCCGACCAGGAACUGUCUCCUCUAAAAAAUCGGUUCUCUAAUUUGAACCCGUUCCAAUCAGUGGUGCUUUCUUCGACCUUGCCGUUAAGGGUUAUGUCAUUGCGUUCGGUGCGGCGUGGUAUUGUGGGACUGCUCUGUUGA